CGGCUGGUCGAGCCUAUGGACCGUCUGGAAGACAGGAUGUGUAAGAAACACGAUCGACUUCUGGAGCUCUUCUGCCCGACUGAACAGGUGUGUGUGUGUCUGUUGUGCACAGUGACAGACCACAAGUCCCAUCCUGUUGUACCUCUGAAGGAGGAAUAUGAAGUGAAGACGGCCCAGCUGGGGAAGAUGGAGGCUGAAGUUCCACAGAUGAUCCAGGAGAGGAAACAAAAGAUUAAGGAGGUCAAAGACAGAGUAGAACUGAGCAACAAAGAUGCAGACAGAGAGAUAGCUGAUGGUGGGCAGGUCUUCACUGCUCUGAUAGUCUGUGUUGAAAAGUGCCGGGAUGAAUUCAACCAAACGGUUCAAGAGAAACUGAAAUCCACAGAGAAACAAGCUGAAGACCUCAUCAAAGAGCUGGAGCAGGAAAUAGAAGAUCUGACCAAUAGAUGCUCAGAGGUGAAGCAGCUCUCACACACUGAAGACCACCUCCACUUCCUCCAGACCUUCAGAUCCCUGAAGGAUCCUCCACCCACCAGGGACUGGACCACGGUGGAGGUCCGUCCUCCGUCAUACGUAGGGACCUUGAGGAGAUCCCUGGAUCAGCUGGAGGAGACACUGAACAUGGAGAUGAAGAAGCUGCCUGAUGAUGCUGAACUGAAGAGGAUCCAGAAGUAUGAAGUAGAUGUGACUCUGGAUCCUGAUACAGCUCAUCCCCAUCUCAUCCUGUCUGAGAAUGGGAAACAAGUUAAUGAUGGAGAUGUGAGGAAGGUACUCCCAGACAACCCUUAGAGAUUUAGAAAUUAUAUAUAUGUUCUCACGAGGCAGAGCUUCUCCUCAAGGAGAUUUUACUUUGAGGUCCAGGUUAAAGACAAGACUUAUUGGCGGUUAGGAGUGGUCAGAGAGUCCAUCAACAGAAAAGGUGGGACCACGUUGACCCCUGAGACGGGUUACUGGACUCUUCACUACAACAAGGCUGGGUUUGUAUUUAAUGAUAACCCUGUUGUCCGUCUCCCUCUGAGAGCUGGGCUCCAGAAGGUGGGGGUGUUUGUUGAUUAUGAUGAGGGUGUGGUCUCCUUCUAUGAUGUGGAAGCCAGGGUUCAUAUCUACUCUGCUACUGGCUGCACCUUCAGUGAGCCUCUCUAUCCACUCCUCUGCCCAGGUCCCCGUGAUUAUGAAGGAAGCAACUCUGCCCCCCUGAUCAUCUCACCUGUCAAUCAAACAGAGUAGGUCCUUUGUUUGAUAAUAAAACAAAGAAACAACCAAAACAACUAAUGUUGUUUACUGAAUUAGAAUCUCUACUAUGUGAGAUCUGAGAGAUCUGCUUUAAUGUCGUACUGCUGACAUUUAACGAGGAGAUGUUCUUUAAGAACAUAAUCACAGUUGUUGAAUUCAACACCGUAUAAAUAAAUAUAUAUUUUCUGUUUUCUCCGAUUAUUUUUACACAUUUAAAGCUAUAGAAUUGUUAAAAGGUGCAGUUAUAUAGAACAUAUGAGGACUAAUAAUUGUACUUUUUUUUAACAUUGCUAUCUGUUUUAACUUCUGAAUAGUGAAUGACAAAAAAAACAUGUCCUUACACGUUCGUUGAUUUUUUUUAAUUUGUAUGCCUAUCUGUUAUCAUUAUAAAAGAUCAUUCAAAAAAGUUACAAAAUAGUGAUCAGUAGAAUCACUGUCUCAGUGUAAUACAAAGAAUAAAUGUGUUUUUUGCCUAGGACCCUUACUUUGAUAAUUUCGAGUUCGAUGGAACGUUUUAUGUCAGUAAAGAAUUGUAAACGUUGGUAGUUGAUGAACCAGUAAAACGUAAUCUCCACAACCCUUCAUGUAUUACACACUUAAACAAAGGUGAAUAAAUGUAAAGAUUCUCCCGUGAGUGUGAGUACUGUGACUUUGUCUUGUCUGCUCUCCUCUCUUAUCUUCUCUUCUCUUCUCUUCUCUUCUCUUCUCUUCUGCCUCCUCUCCUCUCUUCCUCCUCUUCCUUCUCCUCCUCCUCUCUUACCUCUGCUCUCCUCUCUAGCUCAUCUAGGAUUGUGUUCAUUAUUGUCUUUCAUUACGCAUUAAGUGUGUUCACAUGUCAAAAGUCACCCCAUUUAGAUGAAUCUAAAAUAGAUGUUGUACAACUGAACUCCCACUGGGUGAGUUCGGCUGUAGUGAAUCACUAUGGUGACGGUGACGGUCCCGCUCGUGCGGAGUCCUCCUCCCAUAACCACGCCCACUGACUGCCUGGACGACGCGAGGAGAGGGAGAGAGACCCCGAAGCUGUUGGCACGAGAGCCGUGGACCUCGAUACCUAUGAGCGGCCAGCCGCGUGGGAAUGAACAACCCCAGCCAUCACACGUUUGAUUAUGUGUGUCAACUUCUCCCUGAUGGUCUGAAUAAGUCUCAAAGUGUGUCGUUAGUCGCCUUUUAAAUAAAGUCGCAAAGAGAGUCAAUGAUACGUGCACAACUGUUAAUGAUCUGUAAUGUUUGAUACUAUUAUUUUAGUCAUUCUGUUUAUUGUGUACUUGUACUUUUAUUCGUUGUUAAAGCAUAAUGGUGAUAAACAACUCAGUCAAACCAA